CGGAAUGCACAUUUUAGACAUCAAGAUGAUUCUCUAUACGGCCAUAUCGCUGAUUUUCUUUACAGGAAACAAUUUUGCAGAAACAACACCAGGAAAGGACUGCGCAUCUGCGGUUACAUUUUAUGGUGAAACAGCUAAUAAAGUCGUUGGGUUACUGUCUGACAAUUGUGCAUGCAAAACAGUCAAAGAAAACCCACCAAAGAAAAUAGUAGACGAAGAUGAGGAUGAUGAUGAACCCCAAUACUCAUGCACAGUAACAAGACCAAGUGACUGUAGUGACCUGGACAAAUCAACUUGUAAAAGUGGAAUUUACAAGAUCUUCCCUGACAAAACGUCCGGUUUCAAGGUUUUCUGUGAAAUGAAGAAACAUGACGGGGGUUGGACUGUUUUUCAACGUAGAAUGACCGGAAAGACUAAUUUCUAUAGAGACUGGGGCACUUAUAAACCGGGAUUUGGUAACCAGAAUAAAGAAUUUUGGUUGGGUAAUAAACACUUUUCGCAUAUUUUUUAAGCAAUAAUUGCGUUCAUCCGCUUUAUA